AUGCAACACUAUGCUCUUCCUGCUGAGCUAGACUCAUUCACACAGCAGCUGUUAUUAACACAUCCAUACCAAGCCACCCACCACAACGACUGGUGUCCACACCAUGUAACCCAAUAUGACAUAUUCCUGUCAGAUGUCUACACAAGAAUAAUGAAGAAUUUGCGUCUGUUUCUUUUUAUUUUUAUUUUCGUACGGGCUGUCCCGUCAUUUGGAUUUUGUUUACUCUUAACGUCAGGUGACUGCGUGUCUGGCGAAAUUCUUCACACGCAUAACCCUGCGUCAAUCGUGUUUUGUCCUCAUUCUCACCCUCCUUUCUCUUCUGGUUUUUAUUCGUUCUUCCGACUUUCUAUAAGAAUGGUCUCUGAGAUUCAUUCUGCAAUGGUCUUUCUCGUCACCUCUCUCUGUCUCAUGUUCAUUUUCUUUUUGCUACUCUUUGAUCUUCAACUUUCCAUGUCUUUCUUUCCUUUCUUUUCAUUUAUUCCUGCUCUUUCCUUCGUUUUCCUCUUCACUUUAACUCCUCUUUCAAUCCUUUGCUCGCCUCUCCAUUUUUCUUUUUUCUUCCACGUCGUUUUGCUUCCCUUUUUAUCCACAAAAGAAUUCAACGUCUCCUUAUCCAAUAAACCACCAUCUUUUAUUUAUUCCUCUUUUGCUGUAUGA